AUGGUGGAUGAAGGCAUUGUAUUGGGGCAUAAAAUUUCAAAACAUGGCAUAGAGGUUGAUCGGGCUAAGAUCGAGAUUAUUUCCAAGCUUCCUCCACCUACUUUCAUUAAAGGUGUUCGAAGUUUCUUAGGGCAUGCCAGAUUCUAUAGGUGUUUCAUCAAGGAUUUUUCCAAGAUUGCAAAUCCUAUAUGCAAACUCCUUGAGAAAGAUGCCAAAUUUGUGUUUGACGAAAAAUGCCUCAAAGCCUUUGAGGAAUUGAAACAAAGGCUCACCGCGGCACCUAUUAUUGUCAAGGAUCGCAAGGGAACACAAAAUCAAGUAGCGGAUCAUUUAUCAAGGCUUGAAGAGGCAGGGAGGCCUAAGGGAGGUCUUGAGAUCAACGAUGCAUUCCCUGAUGAACACAUAUUGGCACUUUCUAGCACUUUUGUUCCUUGGUAUGCCGAUAUUGCCAACUAUUUGGUUAGUGACCUUAUUCCGGAUGGAUUGGAAUCCUAUCAAAAGAAGAUGUUUUUGAGAGAUUGUCGGCAAUACUACUGGCAAGAACCAUUCUUGUUCCGUGUUUGUGCUGACAACAUCAUCAGGAGGUGUGUUCCAGAAGAAGAGAUUAUGCCAAUUCUAAAGGCAUGCCACGACUCACCGGUUGGGGGUCACCAUGGGGGAAAUCGGACGGCGGUUAAGGUUGAAGCAAUUGCCUUACCAAACAACGAGGCAAGAAGUGUGAUAGCCUUCUUAAAGAAAAACAUAUUCACUCGGUUUGGCACUCCUAGAGCCAUUCUUAGUGAUGGUGGGUCUCAUUUCUUUAACAAGGCUUUCACGGGGCUACUAGAGAAAUAUGGCGUCAAGCAUAAGCUAGGUGACGCAUUGUGGUCGUACCGUACGGCAUACAAAACUCCUAUUGUCACUUCUCAUUAUCGGUUAGUAUUUGGAAAAGCUUGUCAUCUACCCGUAGAACUGGAACACAAAGCCAUGUGGGCUCUGAAGAGGUUGAACUUGGAUUGGGUUGAAGCUGCAAAUUUGAGGUUAACAAAACUCAAUGAAAUGGAGGAAUUCCAUUUCCAUGCAUAUGAAAGUCCAGUUGUGUAUAAAGAAAGGAUGAAGUUCGUCCAUGACAAAAAGAUCUUGAAGAGGGAGUUCAAACUCAAGGCUCAAAUUGUUCCCGAGCAAGCUCAAAUCAAAAUGGUCCGGUCCGUUCAAAUUGGUAAGUGUCUCUCCUUUUGGAGCUGUGGAACUAGAAUCGGAGGAUGGGCUCUGAACCUUCAAAGUGAAUGGCCAGCGAGUCAAGCAUUACUUGGGCACAGAUGGAGAAAAACAUUUGGUGGAGCAGCUGGCUCUCAAAGAUGGUCCAUGCCCGACCAAUGA